AUGCUGCCACUAUGGCCACUCCCUCUAUUCUCACCUUUGACGCUGAGGGCCGCCCGAUUAAGCACUGCUCCCGCACCUCCCGCUACUGCUGACAGUACUGCUCGCUCCCAGUGGCAGACCCGUGAUGCUCACGCCCGCCUAGCCGUUCGCAGCCACCUGCCGUUAGAUGAGCUCGGGCACUUCGGCCAGCAUAAGACCGCUAAGGAGCUGUACAACGCAGUAGUCGCGCGCUACUCCUCCCCUGCCACUGCUGCUAUAGGCCGUCUCUCACUGCCCUACCUCUUCCCCGACCUGUCCGCCUUUGCCACUGUAGCUGACCUCAUCACCCACCUCCGUAUCAAUGACCUCCGCUACCGUGCCGCGCUCCCCCCAGAUUUCCUCGCCAAGAACCCCCCCCCCCCCCCCCCGAUGUACCUCACACUGUACCACCUUGUCACCCGCCUCCCUGACUCCCUUCACACAGUCAGGGACCAGUUUCUCGCCCUCUCCCCCACUGACCUCACUGUCGACCUCCUCGAGAAGGAACUCCUUGCAGCUGAGAAGAUCAUUGUAGCUGUAGGUGCCUCUCGUGGUGACCCCCGCACCCCCUUCUUUGAGGGGUGGUCCCCCUCCCCCCUCCUCCCCUCCAUUGCAUCUGCUGCUACUGUCGACUACCUCGGAGCUGAGGGGGUCGGGGUCGCGUCUGCUCCUAGUGGGAGGCACAAGGGCGGCUGGGGCAAGGGGGGCAGGGGUGGUGGAGGUGGAGGCGGGGGCGGCGGCGGUGGAGGGGGUGGGGGAGGCGGGGGUGGUGGCGGAGGUGGGAGUGGCGCGGGUGGUGGGGGGAUCAGUGGCGGCACAGGGGGCAGUGGCGGCGGAGGUGGUGGGGGUGGUGGGGGCGGUGGUGGCAGUGGUGGCGGCGGUGGAGCGGGUGGCGGGCGCGGUGGAGCGGUGCAACGUGGGGGGUUCGGCGGUGGCCAGAGGCAGCAGCAGCAGCGUCCCGGCGAGACUCCCUCACCCCAGCAGCUCCGUGAGUGGUACUCUCAGCAUGGGGGGUCUGGGGGUGGAGGUACCUGCCCGUACGUCAUCCGCACAGGUGACCGCACUGGCCAGACUUGUGGGAAAUUUCACACGGCGCAACGCUGUUUCUUUCGCCUCGAUGACGCCUGGCGCGAGCAGUUCCCUGACGCCUCUAAGCUGCCCCGCUGGGCUGAUCUGCUUAAGAAGGGGAUUGAUAUCUUUGCUCUUGAUUAUGAUGCUAUCCUUGCUGCUAUGUAUGCAUUGACUAAUAGUGUUGAGGGUGACUGUUACCUGAGUGUACCGCCCGACCCAGGCUGCAGCUCUAGAGUUCUCCCUCCCCUGCCACCCUCACCUGCUCCUCCCUGUCUUCCCUAUGUUGAGGGGCGGCAGCGCGCCGCUCCUCACUCCUCCUCGUUCCCUCCCACAGAGGCUCCCCUGCAGACUCUCCACCUGGACGUGUGGGGCCCCGCCCGCCUCCACCAGCGGUUCCAGUCGGACUUUCCUGUCCUACGUCUGCACUCUGACAGAGGUGGCGAGUUUUCCUCUGACCUCCUGGCAGCCUACUGUGCGGAGCACGGCAUCCGCCAGACGUUCACUCUCCCGCCCUCUCCACAGCAGAAUGGGGUUGCUGAGCGCCGCAUUGGUCUUGUCAUGGAGGUCGCUCGUACCUCCAUGAUCCAUGCGGCUGCCCCCCAUUUCCUAUGGCCAUUUGCAGUGCAGUACGCCUCGCAUCAGCUCAACCUCUGGCCCCGUGUCCUGUCGGUAGACCCCCUCCCUCCCCAGGGUGCUGCUCCCUCAGAUGUUUCCCAGGUAGACCCGGUCGAGCCUGUCGAGGUAGCUGUUGACUCUGGUCCUGCGCGAGGUACUGAGCAUGCUGAGCCUGGUGGUGCUGGGUCUGGGGGAACUGAGACUGGGGGUGCUGAGUCAGGGGGUGCGGAGACUUUGGGUGCUGAGCCUGGAGGUGCUGUGGCUGGGGGUGCUGAGCCUGGGGGUGCUGAGACUGGGGAUGCAAAGACUGGGGGUGCUGAGCCUGGUGGCGCUCCCUCUCUACAGCAGCUGCGUGAGUGGUACUCCCAGCGCUACAGCCUCCGUCGUGGGGCUACUGGAGCUGGGGGGUCUGCUGGAGUCGGGGCUGGUGGCCUCACAGGUGCAGUCCUGCAGCCAGAGCCUCCCUCCCCUCAGCGGCUACGUGAGUGGUACGCUCGGCGAUGCAGCCUCAGGAGUGGAGCUCCUGGUGUUGAGGUACCGCCAGCUGGAGGCCCUGCUGCUGGAGGUACUGCUGGUGCUGGUGCUGCUGGAGGUGCUGCUGGUGCUGCUGGAGGUCCUGGAGGUGCUGCUGGUGCUGCUGGAGGUUCUGGAGUUGCUGGAGGUGCUGCCGGUGCUGGUGGAGGCUCUGGAGCUGCCGGAGGUGCUGCAGGUGCUGGUUCGGUUGGAGGUUCUGGUGCUGUCUCUGCUGCUUCUGGGGGCACUUCACGGCCGCGGCUGUACUUCGUCCGCUCCUUCAGCAGGUUCUUGUCUGACUCUCUUCGUGCUGCCAGUCCUACUGUCACGCGUCUCCUGGCCACUGCUGACACUGACCCUUCCUUUGAGUCUGCUGCUGCGUCUGCCCUAGUUGCUGAGCUUGUUGACUUUGCUGCUCACUAUCGUCUAGACUACGCUGCGAGUCUUGUUGCUGAGUCUGAGUCUGUCUGUCCUCCGUCCGUCGGGGGUGAGUGUGCUCUAGGCACGGACGUCCUUGAGGACAGGCAGGAGGACCUUGAGUAUCUUGCAGCCGCUGCGCCUCAUCUCGUUUCCAUGCUGAUUGCCCCUUUGGGAGACCCGGAUGCUCCAGACAUCUCGACCCCGCGCUCUUACGCUGAGGCGAUCGCGGGUGAGUACUCCUCUCAGUGGCAGUCAGCCAUGGACGCAGAGAUGGCAUCCUGGAAGUCCACUGGCACUUACAUCGACGAGGUUCCUCCUCCUGGGGCGAACAUCGUCAGUGGCAGGUGGAUUUUCAGGGUGAAGCGGCCGCCGGGUUCUCCGCCUGUCUUCAAGGCUCGUUACGUUGCUCGUGGCUUCAGUCAGCGAGAGGGAGUAGACUUCUUUCAGACCUUCUCCCCCACCCCGAAGGUGACCACUCUUCGGGUGCUACUGCACGUUGCUGCUCAGCGUGACUACGAGCUUCACUCUCUUGAUUUCAGCAGAGCUUUCUUGCAGGGUAGCCUGCACGAGGAGAUCUGGCUGCGCCGCCCUCCUGGCUUCACUGGGUCGUUUCCUCCUGGUACCCAGUGGAGCCUCCGGCGGCUGGUCUAUGGUCUGCGACAAGCGCCACGUGAGUGGCACGACACACUGAAGACUACUCUUGCGGCACUUGGGUUCGCGCCCUCUACUGCUGACCUGUCACUGUUUCUGCGCACCGACACUUCGCUGCCGCCGUUCUACAUCCUCGUGUACGUCGACGACUUGGUCUUUGCCACUGUUGACACUGAGGCUCUUGCCCACGUGAAGUCUGAGCUGCAGAAGAGACACACGUGCACAGACCUGGGUGAACUGUGCAGCUACCUUGGCUUGCAGAUCAUCCGCGACAGAGCACGCCGCACCAUCACACUGACUCAGUCACACAUGGUGCAGCAGGUCCUUCAGCGCUUCGGCUUCACCUGGUCCUCAGCACAGGCCACUCCUCUUGCUAUAGCUAGUUGGUUGCCUCAUGUACCUGAUGACUUGCACUCGUCCUGA